AUGAAGGCUAUGCCUCCGCAGUCGUUCUACUUCUCUUUGAUGCUUUGUGGGCUUAUGAGCCUUGCUUUUUCUUUCAAAGAAGCAGCAGUAGCAACACCUACAAUUGGCUGCUCCUACUCGGAAGUGGAACGGGACGCCCUGCUCGCCUUCCAAGCCAACGUCAAAGAUCCUUCCCACCGUUUGGCUUCGUGGUCUCCACGAAUAGACUGCUGCAAAUGGAGUGGCGUCGUAUGCAGAAGUAGCAAGGCCAACAACGCAACUUUGUUCCAAGUCCAGCAUGUGGUGGAGCUCAACCUUUCAAAUGUCGAUUAUAAGCAUACUCUGCGAGGUGAGAUACUGAGUCCUUCUUUGUUGAACCUGACUCAGUUACAACUGUUGGAUCUAAGUGGGAACGACUUCGAAGGCACUCCAAUCCCCCAUUUUAUUGGCUCUUUUCAGAAGCUCAAGUAUCUUGAGCUUUCUGGGUCCAAUUUUUCUGGAGUGAUUCCAUCUCAACUUGGCAAUCUGUCGAGCCUUUAUCAUCUUGGACUGCAGUCAACAUUGGAUGCGGCUUCAAUUGCCCAUCGUUUGGAUUGGCUCUCAGGUCUCUCUUCUUUGUCGUACCUCGACAUGUCUGGUGUGAAUCUCAGCACAGUCUCACAAAAUUGGUUGUCGGUGGUCAACAUGCUCCCUUCCCUACGAGAACUCUAUUUGCAUAUUUGUGGUCUUACUUACAUCCCUUCUUCAUUUAAUUUUCAUCUCAACCUCACUUCUCUCAUAACUCUCGGACUUGGUGGCAAUAACUUCAACUCCACUUUGCCUAAUUGGUUAUGGAACCUCACCGAAAUGUCAACUCUUCAUUUUUAUUCUAGUUCUCUUUUUGGUCCCAUACCUAUGGAAAUUGGGAACUUGACUAGUCUAAUUAGUCUGAGCCUUUCUUUUAACUCACUUUCAGGUUCUAUACCUAUUGAACUUGGGAACUUGACUAGUCUAAUUAGUCUGGACCUUUCUAUUAAUUCACUUUCAGGUCCUAUACCUAUUGAACUUGGGAACUUGACUAGUCUAGAAAAACUCGAUCUUUCUUAUAAUCUACUUUCGGGUUCUAUACCUACUGAAAUUGGGAAUUUGACUAGUCUAAUAAGUCUUGACCUUUAUUUGAAUUCACUUUCAGGUUUUAUACCUACUGAGAUUGGGAACUUGAUUAGUCUAACAAGUCUCUGGCUUUUUGGAAAUUUACUUUCCGGUUCUAUACCUACUCAAAUUGGGAACUUGACUAGUCUAACAAAUUUGGAACUUUCUAGUAAUUCACUUUCGGGUCUCAUACCUACUGACAUUGGGAACUUAACUAAUCUAAUAAGUAUUGACCUUUCUAUGAAUGCACUUUCGGGCCCCAUACCUAGUGAGAUUUCGAAGCUUUCCAAUUUAAAGAGUCUACGCCUCUCUUAUAACUCUUUAGUGAGUGUAGUCUCAGAACUCCAUCUUGCAAACCUAACCAACUUAACGGGUUUAGCUUUAGGGGAAAACUCUCGUAUUACCAUUUCAUUAGAUUAUGACUGGGUCCCUCCUUUUCAACUAAUCAGCAUUGAUUUGGCCUCUUGUAUAGUGGGUCCUAGAUUUCCAGGAUGGCUUCGCUCACAGAAAUCCAUGUUGGAGUUGAGUUUGUCGAAUACAAGCAUUGAGGACAACUUGCCUAAUUGGUUUUGGAAUAUUUCAUCUGCCACCAUUGGGAUUAUUGAUCUUUCUCGUAACAAAUUUAGUGGCGCUUUGCCCUCAUCCUUAGAGGGCAUGCCAACACUUGAAAUUUUGAUUCUAAGUUAUAAUAAAUUGGAAGGACUUGUUCCUCGUUGGCCAAUUCAAAUCAAUAUGCUAGAACUAUCUUUCAAUAACUUUUCAGGGCCAUUACCAUCAAUAUCCUUUUAUUUUUCUUCAUUGCAAAGCUCAAUCCAUUUUGGAUUUGAGAUAAUGCUGUCAAAUAAUCAGAUUAAUGGGAGCAUACCAUCUUAUAUUUGUAAUUUGAAACUACGUGGUAGUUUGGAUUUAUCCAAUAAUGAAUUAUCUGGUGAGAUUCCCAAGUGUUGGCAGGUGGAAGCAGCUAGGAGCCUUUAUUUUGUUCACUUGGGAAACAACAAACUCAGCGGGGAGAUUCCGAGGUCCCUUGGAAACUUGAUUGGCCUACGAUCUUUGCAUUUGAACAAUAAUAAUCUUAGUGGACAUCUUCCACCAUCACUGCAAAAUUGCCACGAGCUAGUUGUUCUUGAUCUUGCUGAUAAUAAAUUUUCAGGAAGAAUACCUGCAUGGAUUGGACAAAGCUUGCUACAAUUGACUAUUCUCAGAUUGAGAUCAAAUGAUUUAUUUGGCGUUAUUCCUCCGAAUCUGGGAGAAUUAAAGAAUCUUCAAAUUAUUGACCUUGCCAAUAAUAAUUUAUGGGAAAUACCAUAUUCCUUUGGCCAUUUCAAUGCAAUAACAUCAACAUCAAGAGCCAUGGAUUGGAUAAAUUCACCUGAAGACAGGUUGGAUGGUUUUGAAUAUGGAGAAAAUGAUAGUAUAUCAAUUAUCACCAAGGGAAUUGAAUAUUACUUUUCAUCGACUCUGUAUUUGGUGAAGAGUAUAGAUCUUUCCAAUAAUGGUCUUACAGGUGAGAUCCCCAUGACACUAGGAUCUCUAGCCGGACUUCAAACAUUGAAUUUAUCGAGGAACAAUCUAAGGGGUAAGAUUCCAUGUACUAUUAGUGGAAUGAGAUCAUUGGAAACUUUGGAUUUAUCAUUCAACAAUCUAUCUGAUGUUAUUCCUCAAGGUUUGUCAGCAUUAACAGCUCUAAGCCAUUUGAACCUUUCUUACAAUAAUUUAUCGGGGAAAAUUCCCUCAGGAAAUCAACUUCAGACACUGGAAGAUGCAUCAAUUUACAAAGGAAAUAUCUAUCUAUGCGGAGAUGUCAUCCAAAAGAAUUGUUCUGAUUAUAAGAGAAACAAUUUGACAGUUGAAGGGAUAUGUUACUGGAUUAUGGUGUAUGUUUAUCAUCUUAUUAUUCAAGAAAGAAUGGAGGAACAUCUAUUUUCGAAUGAUGGACAAAAUGUAUGA